AUGAGUGUCUUAUAUAUUGAACAGGCAGCAUGGGUUUUAGGUAAUAUUUCAAUGGAUUCCUUGGCUGCAAGGGAUCUUAUUCUUGAUCACGGUGGACUCAUACCAUUAGCGUCUCUGUUGUCUAGUCCACAAAUUUCAGAUGUCUUCACCAUUGUUCCAUGGACCUUGGCUAACUUGUGUCGUAAACCUUCUCCACCUUUUCAAAAGAUAAAGCCUUUAUUACCUGUCCUUAUAGACCUCAUCGUGAUGCCUGAUGAAAAGGUUGUAAGAGAUGCAUGUUGUGCUCUGUCUUGCCUUAGUGAAGGCUCUGAUGAGAUGAUCGAAGCUAUCAUCAAAGCAGGUUUUAUCCCAAGACUUGUGGCACUACUGAUGCAUCAAUCAGCAGAAUAUGCUGAGCCAGCUCUUCGUACAAUUGGAAAUAUUGUUUGCGGUAGCACGGCACAGGCUCAGGCUGUGAUAGACAAUAGAGUUCUCCAUUGUUUUUACCUACUUCUUACAGCAGUAUGUCAUGAUACAACAAUGAUAUCAGAAAUAUGUUGGAUAAUUUCAAAUAUCACAACUGAUACUACAACUCAAUUAGAGGCUGUAAUUGACGCGGAUCUUAUUCGUCCUCUUGUUCGUCUUACAAGGGCUGAAUUUCCCAUCAAGAAGGAGGCUGCUUGGGCUAUAUCCAAUGCCUGUAUGCUCGGAACUACUGAACAGAUUCAGAUGUUGGUGAAUUCAGAUUGCAUUAUAGCACUAUGUGAUCUCUUGUCCUGUUCUGAUCUAGAGGUUGUGGUAUUUUGUCUGGAGGCACUAGAAAACAUUUUAAGUGUUGCUGAAUUGGAAGAGUACUAUCUAGUCAUUGAUGGACCCAAUUUGCAUGCUCAAUUGAUGCAUCAAUGUGGAGGAUGGGAUAAGAUUCUAAAUUUGCUCACCAAUGGAAACCUUCAAAUUUUUGAGAGAUCUACUCAGAUGUUACUCAGAUUUUGGAGUGAGGAUUUUGAUGUGUUCUGUCAGAAUAGUCGUCAUUACAGAUCUUUUUCUUUUGGAACCAAAGUUCCAUUUGCUUUCAUAAUUUCUCCUAACUAA